AUGCUGAGGUUGGUGGCAGCUUGCCCCACGUCCUGUGUGCUGUGUACCAAAGAUGCAACCCUCUGUCAGCAGCUACCCUAUGUAAUAGCAGUCCCUGUGACCACGAGGCUUCUCAUCAUCACUGACGGACACCUGUCCUCUAUAGAGAGCACAAACCUGUCUCUCUUGUUCAAUCUGGCACUGCUCUCACUGAGCAGAAACAAGAUCAAGAACAUUGAGCAAGAGGCACUGAAUGGGCUGACACAGUUGCAAACCUUGUUGCUGGGGCACAACCAAAUCUCAAGCUCAUCGCUCCCAGAUGACACCUUCAGUGAGCUCCAUAGCUUGCAGGUGUUGGUGCUGAGCCACAACGCCCUUCGCACGCUGCGGGCCUCCUGGUUCCGGAACACCCGGUUCCUAACCCGGCUCCAGCUAGAUGGAAACCAGAUCACCAAUCUCACGGACAGCUCCUUUGCAGGUACCAGCCUCCAUAAUCUCAGACAUCUGGAUUUAUCUAACAAUUUUAUUUCCUACAUCGAGAGAGAGGCCUUAAAACCCCUUCCUCAACUACAGGAAGUGGACCUUUCACGAAACCGGUUGACUCACAUGCCUGACAUUUUUACUCCGCUGAAGCAGUUAAUCCUUCUGAGCUUAGACAAGAACCAGUGGAGCUGCACUUGUGCUCUCCACCCCCUUGCCCGGUUUUUAAGAAACUACAUUUCCUCUGCUACUCACAUGCUCACCAAUGCCAGGGACCUGAAUUGCCAGGUGCCUGCUGCAGCUAUGGCCAUCACAAGGAACCUGCUGAAGUUGUCUGAAACCAACUGUGAUCCCAAAGCACCCAAUCUCACCCUGGUUCUAAAGGACAGACGUCCCUUCCUCCCAGGGCAAGAUGUGGCCCUUCUCACCGUCCUUGGAUUUGCAGGAGCUGUUGGUCUCACUUGCCUAGGUUUAGUUGUAUUUAACUGGAAACUCCAACAAGGCAAAUCAAAUGAACACACAUCAGAAAACCUUUGUUGCAGAACCUUCGAUGAAUCCCUGUGUGCUCAUGAGGCAAGAAAUUACUACGCUAAGGGAGACUGUAACUGCCACUUAACUCAGGAAAGCGAGAUAAAGGUCAUGUCCAUUGUGGGAUCCAGAAAGGAAAUGCCACUUUCACAGGAAAACAGCCAUCAAGCUACACUGUCCUCUGAGUCCACAGCCCUUGACGGAUCAUUUAGAAACCUGAAAGGGAAGGACCAUGGGGCAGACAGUACUUUGUUUUGCCUGGAUGGCAGAUUGUUGCAGACAGGAUGUUCAGAGCCUCCUGGGAUGAUGGCCGCUUUUAAUGAAGCAGGCGUAGUUACAAGAUGUUGCCCAAACAGAGUUGAAAAUUUCAGGGAGUGUGAGACCAGAAAGGUCCAAGCUGAAACCCUGCCACAGCAUGUAACAAGAACAAUGGGUAUCUGCAGUGACACAUUUAGAAGAAGAUAUGCAACAUCCGCUCCAUUCCUGGCAACGGAAAGUCGAGAAAAAUAUUCAACAAAUGAAUCAUGGAAGUCUCCAACAGAAAAAGAAGACAAUGGUUUACAACCUCACAGGCAGAGACAUUUUAUUCCAAGCUUAUCAUCCAAACCUUGUGAGCCUGAGGAAUGCUGUCUUCAAAGGAUCUUACAAAAGCAGAGAUCAAAACAUGAUGAGCCUUACAGACUUUUAGAACAGAGCAGGCCUAGGCAUUUUCAGUUAAACAAUUCUCUUACAUGUAAAUAUGUGCCCUAUGGUCAAUUUCAAGAUUAUGUGAAAGAAAGGAAACGAAAUCACAGAGAACAUUUAAAGUCUGAGAAAGAGCAAAUCCAAAUCAAUAAUGCAAUAGAAAAAUUCCUUAUGAGAGAAGACAGCAGAGAUAUAUCAGGGAUAUCCACAAAAAUCAAGAAAAUGUAUUCACCAAAAAGGGUUACCUUCCACAAUCCUGAUUUAGCAGAAGAAGAUAUGUCGGCAAUGAUGCCAAAAACAUCAAACUAUUGGAAACUUCAGGAAAAUCAAAGUAACCACUGGAUAAACUUGGAGCUUAAAAAACACAGCAGCCUUGGAGAGAAAAACAAAGGAGGGAAAUGGUUUUCAGAUUCACAGAUUCUGACAAGGAAGAGAACUGGUCAAACUGACCUGAAAAGGAAAUCUAAAGGACAAGACUUAAGAAUGAAAUUAAAUUUACAUCCUUUUAGAAAAGUCAAAGUUCAUCCAGAAAAAUCGUUGCUAGAAUUUCAAAAGAAACACAUAGUGCUACUGCCUAAGAAAUUAUCCAAAACUUCUGAGAAAAAAGCCAAAAUAGAUUUUAUUUCGACUGCAGGUUUUCCUCAAGUGCAAGAGAAUAACAGCCGUGUUAGACUCACUUCAAAGAGGCUCCUUCUCAAGCAGAACUCAUAUUACAAAAGAAACACUAGAAACGUCCCUGUGUUGGUUGCUAACCCGAGGUCUGUAGAUGGCAGCCGUCACCCAGCUGUUCGAGUUCCUGAAGGAAGCUGCUCUCCAUUGCCUCAGCCCCUGACCUCUGGUGCUGUGUGCAACAGCCCACUAUCUCAGCUCUCAGCUGAGCAAAGCAAGUGUGUGAAUCAGCUCGAUUUAGAAGUUCCUGGCUUUUUACAUUCCAAUCAGGAACAUACAGGAAAUUAUGUUUUAUCAUUGCAGCAUUCCAGGAGGGCUUUUGACCAGGGAGCAACGGCGCUCCCUGAGCACACGGAACAGGAGAAAUCAAAGACCAGUGAGUUAAGCCAAGAUUUCUUGUCCUCAAAGACACAACCACAACCUCCAGAUAUCCACCUGGCUGAAACCUACAUUGAGAAGCACGUAUCAGGUCAAAGUCAGGUUUUAAAACAGGAAAAGCAAAAUUCAAAUUAUGACCCGCUUGGACAUGAAGAAAAGACAUUAGAAGCUAAACCAAAACUAUCCCUUCAAAUUGUGGAACAUUGCAUAAUGGAUACGGAAGGCAAUGAUAGAGGAGAACAUCUUCCUAACACUGAAACUUAUGAUUCCUCCCUCAUUCCCCUGACACAAUCCAAGAACACCCUACCACUUAUGAAGACAAAUUCUGUUCUCAUCCAAAACGGAAAAGAGCUUCCCAAUGAUAUCGACACUUUCCCUCCUAGCAGUCCAGCCGUUUGGCACCUAGCCAGCGGUGAUAAAGGACCUGCCAGUGCAGAGGCAUUGCCCGGAGAUGACGGCAACAAAACACGAGAGACAAAAACAGCAGGGAAAGAAGAGUAAAAUAUAUAGUGUGAGAACACAACAACUACUAUGUUAACUCAGACCACAACAAUGACCUUAAGAGAUUCCAUGAAGGGAAUGCGACAAACUUGGGAACAUGGAAAAAGUGAAAAACAGAUGUGAAAUGAUUCAGCCUCUGUCAAGGAGGCCAAAACAGCUACAGAUUUAAGUGUCACAAGGAAACCAAAAAAUAGAAUGCCUCGUAGUAAAAUUGAUCUUCACAUUAACAACAAUGUGCUUGCUUUGAAAGAGUUUCAAAGUAUUCCACCGGAUAACAGUGCCCUGAAGGAAGGUGCAAUGACAGUGGAGACACAUCAAGUGCUGUCCCUCUUACCAGAGUUAAAACAUGGUCAUUUGGAGGUAGAACGGGAGGUGCCUCUAAUUCCUAGUAGAAUAAAUGAAGCUGAAAAUUCUCCAAAACCUGCAUAUUCACCAUCUGCUGAAAAUGCUAGCACAUCAUUUUUAGAUGUAGAACAAAGUGAGUGA